AAUCGACUUAAAUCUAUCGCAGUGGACUAGAACCGAUUGAAAUCGAUUUCGGUGGUCCAAAAUCGAUUUAAAUCGUUCAAAAUCGGCCAAAAUCGAAAAGAGCUUCAAAUCAGCUUUUUCCCCCUUGAGAUUUUAACUCGAUUGCAAUUAUUUGGUAACGACAGUUGAAGCCUGGUAAUUUCCAGGUUCCUCCUCAGUUGCAAGUAUCGAUUUAACUAUUGCUGGUUCCACAUACAGACACAUCUAGUUAAAAGCUCCUUUUCCAACCAGUUAUCUAGAUGACAACUAGUUGUGCAUCGCCCGAUUACAGGCGAAAUGUAUGUAGGUUUUUCCCCUAGGUGAUUUUUGCUUGGGAGCAGAUGUAUAAACUGGCUGCUAUCUUUUAGACUUCAGCAAGUGCUACAGGGGAAACAACCACAACUCAACCAACUUCUUCGUUUCAGCAAACCUUGACGAGUAUGCAAUUAUUUCAUUCCAUAAUUAAGGGUCUAUUCAUCCACAUCAUACUAUUUUCUAUAGCUCAGAUGAGUUUUAGUUAGGAUGCGACGAUGACCUUGUGACUGGAAGAAACUGUGAGUUCUGCGGAGUGGAUGAGAACGGAAUGAGCAUUACAUUUUGUUGACUAACGAAAUCGGACCCUGUCGCUAGCGUUACAGAUGUGCGGGUAAUAAAUGUUUAUGAUAAUUCAGUUUUUAUAGAUAGUAGACGAGCUGCUGUUUUACAGCGUACUUAUUACAUUCUAUAUCUAUUGCAUUUUUCUGAUAUCUUAGGCGUAGACAUUGCCGACUAUAAAUAUUGGACUAUUGAUGAUGUGUGCAGAUGGGUACGUUCGUUGGGUACAGCUUAUGAAGAAUAUAUCAGUAAAUUUCAAUCGCACGGUAUUGACGGUCGUACGCUUAUUGAAGCGAUUGACGAUGAAGGACUACAGGAAAUAGGUAUCCCAGUAAAAAUUCAUAGACGAAAAAUUUUAUUAACUCUAAGUAAACUUAAACAAGACACGGCAGCGGAAAACUCAGACGCUAUAGAAUCAAAAAGAACCUUCUACGAUGGCUUUGAUGGUGAUUUCACACUGCCCGUUCAUCGCGAUGAAUUGAGUGAAAAUCGUUACGAUAAAGUGUCGUCGUGCCAGAUAUCUACUAAUUCAGAACUAUACGCACGUAUUUCUGGAUGGAUUGGAUCAUUGCCAUCAGGGCGAACCAUUGAGAAAAUAGAGAUUGUCAGUAAUGCUGCUCGAUAUCGUCUUUUUCUCGCUCAGAUGGAAUCUGUUGAAAAGCGUCAAGAUAAACCGGCAUUCCAAGCGCAUCUCUCCUCAGAGUCUAAUCCAGAGGAACGACAACGUGUUUUGGACCGCUUGAGUACGUUAUGUCAGCAAGUAUCACAUAACCGGAGAGCUCGUAUUGUUCGAAUGUGGCACGGAUGUCGGACGUCAACAUUAGAAGAUUUGCUACGUGAUGGAUUCACAGCCUUAGGCAGACUGGAUGAUGGCUGGUACGGAAAAGCCAUGUAUUUUACAUCCAGUGCGAAAUAUGCGACACACUACAUUGAGGGCACCGAUGGUUGUCUUAUAUUGUGCUACGUUAUCAUACUGAACCCGUUUCCUGUUAUUGCUGAUGACGCAUUACCCAAUGUAUCGCCAAAUAAAUUUCGCUUUUACGGUCGAGGCAACCAUAAACGAUACCAGUGUCAUUACGCACUUGUGUCGCCUACAGAUGGUGAAAAUACAGCUGACUGUCGGCCUCCACCGAGUGGAAUAAACGAUGCUGUCUACGACGAACUAGCAGUUUUCCAAGAAGUAAAUAUUCUACCCCAAAUAGUUGUUCAUCUGAAGUGA